AUGGCACGGCACGAGCUCCAGACUCUUCCUUCUUCGCUGCAAAGUGCGCAGUCCAACGCUGCCCGACGAGAAAGGACGACCUCAGAGCCAUUCCUCGUUCUAAUACUCAGCCCUACAUCUCUGUCUCCCGACCCUUCGCUCUUCUCACCGUCCGAUCCCAUCCUCAGGUCGAUCCAACGGAUCACCAUUGAUGCCCAAUGCACUUCCUACAAGAACAUCCCGGGUUCCAAGACCGAGUCCAUACAAGAACUAAACGAAGAACUGUCGAAAGGAGCCUUUCGAGGUUCAAUUUCUCGAGACUUUUUUACGAGCGGCGAAUUCGAAGGCAAUGACGCAGACUUCGGGUUCUCGUCUAAUUCGUCAAUUUAUCCGAAAUCGACUUUACUCGAAUAG